AGAGUUUAAAAUGCUCUUCAGUCACCAUAACAGGUUGCAGAAUGUGCAGUUGACAGGAAGACCACGUGCUUCAGUUAACAAAGGAAAGAACUGCAGCAUCACACUUCCGUCUCAUUAAAUCAGGCGGCCAGCAUUUUGAUAAGACUUACUGGAGAGAAACAAAGAUUAUACACCAAAACCACUGUAUAAAGUGUAAGAAUGUGGUGAUCAGGAUCCUGAAGUAAGAAAAGGAUAUUCCAAAGGGGAAAAAAUAGAAAAAGAUAAUAUGGGGCAAGAGAAUACCUAGGAUCUAGAUGAGUAGUAAAGUCUGGCUAAGCCCUGUUCCAUUCUGUUCCAUGUUAUAAAAAUUCCUACCAGCUCUUUAAUGAUGAGGAACUAGAGAACUGUCUAGUCUAAAGGCAUAGGCUUUGGAUCCUGAAAAUCUUGGAUUUGAAUUUCUUCCACCUUGACUCCUUACUGGCUCUGAGAAUUUUGGCAAGUUACUCACCCUAGUUGGAUGCCUUGGGCUAGGUUUUGGAAUCCAAGUAGGUCUUCUUUUUCCAAGUACUGACAAGUACUUACACUUCCCUCAGAACUGGUAUUCUCAUAUCUUGAAGAGUAGAAGAGGAAAAGGUCUGGAUCUGGAUCCUCCUAAGAAUUGUUUAAAGAUGCUCAAGAACAGCCUAUGGAAGCAGCACAUGAAGAGGUGGUGAUUAAGGUCAUACGGCAGGAGUGGACAUGUUUGGAUUUCCAACAGCUACCCUGCUGGACUGUCAUGGACGAUAUGCCCAGAAUGUAGCAUUCUUCAAUGUGAUGACAGAAGCCCACCACAAAUAUGAUCACACCGAGGCCACAGGAUCCUCAAGCUGGGACUUCCAGAGUUCUUUCAGAAGAGAGAAGCUGGAACAAAAAUCCCCAGAUUUUAAGGCACUACAGGAAGAUUCACCUGGUGUGAGACAGAGGGUCUAUGAGUGCCAGGAAUGUGGAAAAUCCUUCCGGCAAAAGGGUAGCCUAACGUUACAUGAGAGAAUCCACACUGGUCAAAAGCCCUUUGAGUGUACCCAUUGUGGAAAAAGCUUCAGGGCCAAAGGCAAUCUUGUCACACACCAGCGAAUACACACAGGAGAGAAGCCUUAUCAGUGCAAGGAGUGUGGAAAAAGUUUUAGUCAGCGAGGUAGUCUGGCUGUUCAUGAAAGACUCCACACUGGACAGAAGCCCUACGAGUGUGCAAUUUGUCAGAGGAGUUUCAGGAAUCAGAGUAACCUUGCUGUUCAUAGAAGAGUUCACAGUGGCGAGAAGCCUUAUAGAUGUGAUCAGUGUGGAAAAGCCUUCAGUCAGAAAGGAAGCUUGAUUGUCCACAUCAGGGUCCACACAGGCCUGAAACCAUAUGCCUGUGUACAGUGCAGAAAGAGCUUCCAUACCAGAGGAAAUUGCAUCCUUCAUGGCAAAAUCCACACAGGAGAGACACCAUAUCUAUGUGGCCAGUGUGGGAAAAGCUUCACUCAGAGAGGGAGUCUGGCUGUGCACCAGCGAAGCUGCUCACAAAGACUCACCCUUUGACCACAUUCUUCAACAAGAAUUCUCUUUAAUUAACUAUAAAAUCUGAGAUCAAGCCACCUACCCAGUUCUAUGGAGUGAAUGGAGACUCUUUCAGAAAGACUAUCAUUAGGUAGGGCAAACUGACUUUUCCCAUUUCUUCCAAAUGAAUAUGAAAAAUAAAUGUCUUGUUUAUUAUCAUUAUCAUGUUUGUUUCAUAGUUUCUGUCCAUUUCUUUUGUCCUAAUUUCUCAAGGUACUUCCAUUAACGUAGUGCACACUUGGAGAUUGUUCUGUGUGUGGCAGAUACAGAUUUCAAGUUUUUAGUUUAUACCAUCAGCCUU